GUGCUCCAUUAACACAAAUAGUAAACCCAAACCGCUUACGUUGGCAUCUAGCCAUGACAUUUCCGCUCUGCGAUAUCAACGACUUAGAGGGACUGCUGUGGACGCACGUCUCGCUGCUCAGUUUGUGUGCCAUCCUCAUCAUCGCCUCCUUCAACUCACAAUUCAGGAACCCCGCGCCCUAUGGCCGAUUUGCGGACCCUGCGAAGGCCAAGGCCUGGGGCUUUCCAAUCCCGCAGCGCAUAGGCCACAUGGUCAGCGAUGCCCUGCCCGGCAUACCCCUGUGUCUUGCCGUAUACCUGCUGUACUCAGGGCUGCUGCCUCGGUACGGCAGUUUCAGUGAGGUCCGCGCCGUGAAUGUCGUACUGCUGUGCGGUUGGCUGUUGCACUACCUCUACCGAGGUGUCGUACAUCCGCUCAUCAUGCCGUACAGCUCUAAAACCGUGGCAGUGGGUAUCACCCUUGCCGGCAUCUUCCCCAACGCCCUCUUCGCCUACCUAAUCGCAGCCCAGCUAGCAUGCAGCCGUUACCCUGACAAUUGGGCCUCCCAACCCAGAUUCAUCAUUGGCGUUGUACUCUAUGCCGUUGGUACGGCGGUUAACCGUUGGGCGGAUCUGAAGUUGCGGGCUGGACGGUUGGCGUUACAGAGGAGGCGACAUCGAGGCAACAAGGACCGCAAAAGCAGCAGCGGCAGUAGCAAGAUGGCUGAGCAAGAGCAGCAGCACAAGCAGCAGUUGAUAAGCGGUGGUGGUGGUGGUGGUGCUGAAGUGGCAGGAGGUGGAGCAGGCGCAGCGGAGGGAGAGAAGGAGGAGGCGGAGGGAGGGGAUGUGCGGUCGCAGUACUUCAUUCCUCGAGGGGGUUUGUUCGAGUUCGUUAGCUGCCCCAACUACCUGGGUGAGCUGCUGCAGUGGGGCGGCUACGCGCUGGCGGUGUGGAGCUGGUCCGCGCUGGGAUGGCUGCUGUUCUGCACCUCCACCUUCCUGCCGCGCUCCCUGGGCAACCACAGGUGGUACCAGACACACUUCGGGUCGGAGUAUCCGCCCAACCGCAAGGCCCUCAUUCCCUUCGUCUUGUAAGGACGCGACAAGGGCACGUGUAGCAACGCACCAUGUAUGCUCGCAUGCUGGCGCGCGCCAUGCUAGCAGCCUAACACGCUAGCAGCCACCAUGCUAGCAGCCUAACACGCUAGCAGCCACCAUGCUAGCAGCCACCAUGCUAGCACAUCCGUACGACAACAGCGCAUCAGUACGACAACAGAACCGGUAUGGUGAUGCGGUACGGCAGCCAGAGGCAUUAGGGAACCAGUGGAACGGUCAUUCAUUCAUUAAGUUAGAGGCGGCCGCUAGGGGCUGCGGCAGCAAUGGUGGCGGCUGGUGGCGUGUGUGGGCGGGGCAUUGGCAGGGUGACGAGGGUGUAUGUGGGCACUUACCGGCGAGGGAGGGUGAAGGGUAAGGCGGGGUGGGGGUUGGGGAAGGAGGCCAAGGGUAGUUUCGCGUGUCAGGGCAGGCGGUGUGGAGGGCGAUUGGCGACGCGGUGUGAAGGGGGCCUGGGUUGGUCGGUAACCGUGCGGCAAUGCGGAAUGGAUAUGUUGGUUGGUUGUGUUGGGCCGGCGGCACCUGUGUGAUGUUUCGUUUUCUGUUUGCAGCCAGGACGGCCGUGAACGUAACAUAGCCUCAACUUCUAACGUAGAAUGGAGUUGAUAGGACUGCACGCCUAAGUCGCUUGCAUAUGUUUCUCCUUCUUCUGCAGUCCAUGAGCCUCCUGGCUCAUCUGUGCCUUACGAGCCUCAGCUUGUAACCAUCAUCGUCAAGUUGUAAUACUUCGGCCCAG